AUGAUUCUUAUUCUCAGUUUCACUAUCAUUCUUGCUAUUUUGGUUUUCCGACAACGUCUUAAAGUUAGAAGACUACCACCUGGUCCCACACCUCUUCCAGUAAUUGGAAAUAUCCCACAACUAGUUUACCAGUCAUGGAGACACAAAGGAAUAGUUCCAGCUUUUGAAUAUUUCAGAAAGAAAUACGGGAAUGUCUUCACUAUCUGGCUGGGUCCAUUUCCACAUAUCAGCAUCGCUGACUAUGAAACCAAUCAUGAAGUCUUUGUGAAGAAUGGAAACCACUACAAAAAUAGGGUUUUGCCACCUAUCUUUGAGCAUUUCAAUGAUGGUUUUGGAUUGCUAUUCGCUAAUGGAGAGAUUUGGGCAGAGAUGAGAAGAUUCACAAUGUUGACGCUCAGAAAUAUGGGAGUUGGAAGAAAUAUUAUGGAGGAAAGAGUGUUGAAGGAAAUUGAUGAAAGAUGUGCUGAACUAAACAACACUGAAGUCGAUGGGAAGAUUAUUGUCAAGCAUAAUGAAUUCUUUGAGCUAAUUACUGGAAGUUUCAUCAACAACAUUCUAGUUGGACAACGUUUUGAAGAUCACAACAAGAAGGAAUUCUUCCAUAUCAGAAAGCUUAUAAAAGGUGUAAAUGAAGUUUUCACAAUUUUCGACAUGAUGAGCGCUGUAUGGAUUCUCAAGAACUUCUUCCCGAAAAGAUAUGCGAAAUCAAAGACCGGCAUGAAUGCAAUUAGUGACUAUCCAGCUGACUAUAGAUCCGAAAGCGUGUGUUUCAUUCUGUAA